AGACUAAUUUUAUGCAAUGUAGUAGGAUACUAGGAUUCAUAUCUUCAGUUUUUUUUUUUUUUUUUUUGUUCUAAAAAUAAUAAUCUUGGAUUUGUUUUUCUUCCAAAUUUUCUACCACGUUAGCUUGGUUAUCAUGUUCUCUGUCCAUAACGUGCAGCGUGGCUGAAACUCCAAAAGUACCCCUAUCCCACCCCCACCCCCACCCCCACCCCCACCCCACCCUCUACCCCUCACCAAAACCCUGCUUGACAUGCUAUAUAUAGGCAUAGAUAUAUACACUUCAAUUUGGGAAACAGUUCAGCUCUCAAUAGACACUGCAAGCUGUGUGUUCUUGCAAGUAGGUUCCAAAGCAGCAGCUAUGGCGAUGGACAAAACGACGGCGUUUUUGGUGUUUCUGUGUCUGUGGGCAACUGUUGCAGAAGCAGAGUACGUCAAAUACAAAGACCCCAAACAGCCAUUGAAUGUGAGAAUCAAAGAUUUGAUGAAUAGAAUGACUCUUGAAGAGAAGAUUGGACAGAUGACACAAAUCGAAAGGAAAGUAGCCUCCCCUGAUGUAAUGAAGCAAUAUUUCAUAGGGAGUGUGUUGAGUGGUGGAGGAAGUGUUCCUGCGCCCAAGGCUUCUGCUGCGGAUUGGGUGAAUUUGGUGAAUGGUAUUCAAAAGGGGGCUGUUUCAACCAGGCUUGGGAUACCGAUGAUUUAUGGGAUUGAUGCUGUUCAUGGCCACAACAAUGUGUACAAAGCCACCAUUUUCCCUCACAAUGUUGGGCUUGGUGUCACCAGGGAUCCACAACUUUUGAAGAGGAUUGGAGCUGCUACUGCACUAGAAGUUAGGGCCACUGGAAUUCCAUACGCCUUUGCGCCUUGCAUAGCUGUCUGUCGGGAUCCAAGAUGGGGCCGUUGCUACGAGAGCUACAGCGAGGAUCACAAGAUCGUUCAGGCAAUGACCGAGAUCAUCCCUGGUCUGCAGGGUGAUCUCCCGGCUAACUCCAAAAAGGGCAUACCUUUUGUUGCUGGAAAGACAAAAGUUGCAGCUUGUGCAAAGCAUUUUGUGGGAGAUGGUGGUACGACGAGGGGACUAGACGAAAACAACACUGUCAUCGACUCCAAGGGACUGUUUAGCAUCCACAUGCCUGCCUACUAUGAUUCUAUCAGAAAAGGCGUUGCCACGGUCAUGGUCUCUUACUCGAGCUGGAAUGGCCUAAGGAUGCAUGCUAACCGCGACCUUGUCACCGGCUUCCUCAAGAACAAACUGAGAUUCCGGGGCUUUGUGAUAUCAGAUUGGCAGGGCAUCGACAGGAUCACAAGCCCACCCCACGCGAACUACACUUACUCUGUUGAAGCCGGAGUUCUUGCUGGAAUUGACAUGGUUAUGGUACCUGAGAAUUUCCAAGAGUUCAUCAACACUCUGACUUCUCUCGUGAAAAGCAACGUGAUCCCCAUGAGCAGGAUCGAUGAUGCUGUUCGUAGAAUACUUAGGGUGAAGUUCGUGAUGGGCCUAUUCGAGAACCCUCUAGCUGAUCUCUCCCUAUCAAGCCAUCUUGGAAGCCAGGAACAUAGGGAGCUGGCACGGGAAGCUGUAAGAAAGUCGCUCGUCCUGUUGAAGAAUGGUGAUAACCCAAGAAACCGGCUGCUUCCCCUUCCGAAGAAGGCACCCAAAAUCCUAGUUGCAGGAACUCAUGCUGAUAACUUGGGAUACCAAUGUGGAGGCUGGACUAUAGAGUGGCAAGGCGUGCACGGCAACGACCUCACAGCCGGUAUGUUGCCAAAACAACGUCAUUUUCGUUUUGAUCACACAGACACAAAUGUAAUCUGUUGUAAUGUGAUGAUGUUUACAGGAACCACAAUCCUAGCUGCCAUCAAGAAGACAGUAGACCCUUCCACACAGGUAGUCUUCUCCGAGAAUCCGGAUGCUGGGUUCGUGAAGGGCGGGGGGUUCUCCCACGCCAUCGUGGUGGUGGGCGAGGUCCCCUACGCGGAGAUGUUCGGCGACAGCACGAACCUGAGCAUCGCAGACCCCGGGCCAAGCACCAUCAAGAACGUGUGCGGAGCCAUGAGGUGCGUCGUGGUGGUGGUGUCGGGGCGACCGGUGGUGAUGGAGCCGUACGUGAGGCAGAUAGGAGCACUCGUGGCAGCGUGGCUGCCGGGGAGCGAGGGACAGGGGGUGGCUGAUGUGCUGUUCGGUGACUAUGGGUUCAGUGGGAAGCUUGCAAGGACUUGGUUCAGGUCUGUGGAUCAGCUGCCCAUGAAUGUGGGAGAUGCACAUUAUGAUCCUCUCUUCCCAUUUGGGUAUGGGCUCACAACUCAACCUACUAGGCAUGGUUGAGAGAGAGAGAGAGAGAGAGAGAGAGAGGUAAAUUGUUGAUGGAUUGUAUUUUGUGUAUUUAAUUUGUGGAGAGAGAAAUGGCUCAGCUGGGAACUACAGUUUAGCAAGUUCUUUUGCUGCUAUGUGUACUACAGAUUUUGAGCUAUAUGAUGAGUAUUUAUUAAUUGUUGCAA